AUGAGCGCCCACGUCGUGGUGAUCGACUCCACGGCCAGGCGGGCAACGAUCAAGACGACACCAUCCAAGCACCUGACAGAUAUUCUACAUGAAGCAUGUACAAAGUUCGGAUACAACCCCACCCAAUAUGGCCUAAAAUACAAUCGCAAGCAACUGGAUCUUUCUCUUUCGUUCCGCCUCUCAGGCCUGAGCUCUGGCGCCAAAUUAGAGCUUGUCCAACUCUCGCGCUCUCCAUCAGUCGUCACAGUUGCCCUCCAACUACCUGAAUCCGAAGCUCGCGGGGCUCCGAACGGACGUCUUCUUGACAAAUUUCCUAGCACAACCACCCUCUGGUUGGUCCUGCGAAAGUUCGAAGCUGGUGUAGCUGGAGGUGGUCCGGUCAGAAAUCUCACAGCCCGAGGUGUUCCUGCCACAACUGGAGAUUCUGGCUCCGGGCGUGUAGUUUACGAAAUUCCUGUCCUACAGAUCCUCGAACGAGAGCUCUCAAGCUUUACGGAUCUGCAAAAGUCACUCGCGCAGCUAGGAUUCAACAGUGGGAAUGUCCUGAUCCGCCUGAGCUUUCGCCAAACUGAGGAGCCGAUGGAAGAGGCAAUGGAGAAAAUUGGAGAGUAUUUCAAAUCAGUGGGAGAAGAUAUGCUAUUACCGGCACCCGUCCAAGCUUCUUCAGCCACACCAGCUGCUACUGCUGAAGAGCCAGCGAGCAAUACGCAAGAUUCUCAGCCGACCGAGCCAACGAAAGAACCUGCCGCACCUGCAUCUGACCAGGACACCGCGCCAGCAUCGGCUUCUCCAGACCAACUCACCUUGGAUGGUGGCCGCUCAAUAACAGUAUUUUCUCCACCUGUUGAAAGCAUACCAUCAUCGGCACAGAUACCCUACAAUGAAGAAGAUUAUAUCCCGUCUGUAGAGCAUGCCAAAGCUCACCAGAGACAACUUAAUCAGUCCUCCCGGCCGCAGCGUCUCCCAACAGAUGCCGAAAUUGCCGCGAAGGCAGCCGCAGAGGAGAAACGCCGAUCACAAAUCCGCGAGGUUGAUGUCAAAAUCCGUUUCCCAGACCAAAGCCAGAUAGUUGCAAAAUUCGGGCCCGCAGAUACAGGCCAGGCGCUCUACGAUUUCGUGCGCCAGUGCGUCACGCCCGAAGUUGCAGGCGAGAGAUUCGCCCUCAAUGUGUUCGGCAGUUCCGGGUCAGCUCGCCCCGGUAACGCCAAUAUCAUUCCAGACUCGGAUAAAACUCUUCUUAUCAAAGAUCUGGGGUUGGCUGGCCGCGUCUUGGUCAACUUCACCUGGGCCGACCCGAAGCGAGAGCGAUCAGACAUUCUCCGGCCGGAGCUUCGUCGCCAAGCACGUGCUUUGAAAGUAGAGCAGCCACCGGAUUUACCUGCGGAGCCUCUCCCGUCUGUUGCAGAGCAGACGGGUCCAAGUGAUAGCGGUGAUGGCAAAAAGCCGGGUGGUUUACGAAAGAAUGGCGGCGUGCCGAAAUGGCUCAAGCUGCCUGGAAAGAAAUGA